UUAACUUUCAUUAAUUUUUCCUGUUUAUCAGCUUGCGUGGACAAAGACAACAAUUGUCCGGGUUGGGCUCGACGUGGAUAUUGCAAAGGGAAAUAUGAACAGUGGAUGAAGGAAAACUGCAUGAAAAGCUGUAAUCAUUGCGGCGGCGGUAAUGGUGGAUCAGGAAAAUGUGGUUAUCAACCGAGUGCAGGAAUCGUGGGUGGAGAAGAGGCUCCUAAAGGAGCUUGGCCGUGGCAAGCACAAGUCAGAAGUUCUUCAGGUUUUACAUUCUGUGGAGGAACAUUGGUCCAUCCUCAGUGGGUUGUAACUGCAGCCCAUUGUGUACAUCGGAAGUCUUCCUCACAAAUUAGAGUAAGGUAUGAUGUGGCUUAAACGUUACAUUUAUUGAACAUAUUCUUUUAUUUUAUCACUUCCACCAUAUGAUGCGGAGCACACAACAGAGUUGGGCUCCAAUUUAAGUGUGUCGUUACAGAUAACCCGUCCAGCCCAGGAAAGGUUGGCCACACCACCGGGGUCUACGUCCCCUACCCUUUUCCAACAGUGGUGUGGGUUCUUUUGCGUCCCACGAGAACCAGAUGAAUAAAAGUACUGUGAGCCGAGACCUACGAUUUUUCGUCCUUAUCCGAGAAGACUAGAAAGUCACUAACCGUUUGCAGAUGUCAUUGCAAAGGCAGCACUUUCUCCUCAGUUAUUUUAAGACCCUGAGUGUUGGCCCGGCCUGGGUUUGAAACCGCGACCUCCCGCUUAAUAGAUUGGUGCUCUUCAAACUGAGCUAACUAGGCAUCGGUUGAUAAGAGGAGUUAAAAAUGCACUUUAUUUGAGCGUCACGAAAGUACUAAUUGGAGACAGUAUUUUUUAUGUCUCUACUGGAGACCAGACCACCAUUUUACGUGGUCAUCGGAGCCACGCGAAGGUCUAGCUGUUUUCAGGGCAAAGGAAGUACCUUCAUUUCUCAUUAAUAAGACCCUGAGUCUUUGUAGCUUAAGGGUUGCGUAGUGGUCAACUCAUUUCUUGCCUCCAACCAAUGUUACCCGGAGUCAAUUCGUAGGGAUAUAGGUUUAUUGUUGUUGGUACUCGUCCUUAAUUCCGUUUUUCUCCAAAAGCCACUAUUUUCAAUUCUUACUCUGUCAUAUAACUGUUAUUUUCGGAGUUUCGGUUACUGUACACCCUUUUCCUAAAAUACUCAACUACUUUCUAGCUAUUUUUUUCUUUUCCUCCCGCCGAAUAUCAGGGAAAACAAGCCUCUACUAACAGGGAAGCUACGCUUCUCAUCAUCCUUUCGUUAAAGAAUUUGAUACAAAUUACUAAGAGGUAUAUAACAAGUUUUUUCCAUGUGCUUUGUAUUUUUAUUUCAAAGAAUGGGUGCUCAUUAUCGUUCAGGUACAACUGGAACAGAGCAAGAUUUUAGAGUUGAAAGAAUCAUCAAUCACGAGAAUUACAACAAACCUAGCGGAUUGGCUCACGACAUCGCUAUGCUGAAACUGGAUAAGCCAGCUCAAAUAAAUGAAAAAGUUGGACUGGCUUGUUUGCCUACCUACAGCCAAGAUGUAACAGAAAUCGAUCAUAAGGCUUGCUGGGUCACAGGUAUAACAAGAACGCUCUUAAAGGCGUCGUUGAGUCUCGCUUGCUUGGAGAUUAGAUAAGAACUGAGCAGGCGAUUAAUUCUACACGAAACAGUAUUUACUGGCUAAAGGUUUUUCACUUCCUACUUUAUCGACGGUUGAGUUCGGUUGACGGUUCAGGAUAUUUACCUUUUAUAUUGUAUUGGACGAUUUCUUUCUGAAUUGAUUUAGUACGCGUGUUAGCGACGACCGGAAAUACGUUUGCAGUUGCAGGCUGUACGCGUGUAUAAAUACACGAAAAUUCCUGAAGCACAUGGCGCGUCAUUUUAAUCAACGCCGAAAGUAAACCACACACCGCAAGACUUAUUUGCAUACAAUAAAAGACCAGUUAGCCUCACCAUCAUGGUUUAAUUUUUUUUCGACCACUGAAGUGUUCACUUGUUCCAAAGUAAUCAAGUUUCGGGCGAUAGAAUCCGUGGACCAACCCUUUCCGGAAAAGCUCUAAAGCGCAUUAAUCUUUCCUAAGCUUUCUUCGCAAAAAUACGUGGCUUCGGUCACGCAACGAUUCGGCUUAUUCUAGUUUCCACUUUCUCCGCUAGGAACGCCUGGGACCAUGAUUCCCAUUUGUGUACUAAAUAUAUAAGAACUAAGAAAAAAGCGGCUUGCAGAUUAUGAGUUUAAAAGUAACUUAACUUCCGUUUGAAUAUUCAUAGCAGUUGCGGAUUGAGAUCUUCAAGUAGGGGAGGGCCGGGGGAGCGUUCAUCUUUGCCCAUUGGUUAGAGGGAGGAAGGGCAUUGACAAUAAAGUUUCUCGUACGGUUCCUUUAGACUUCAUUUUGGUCUAAAAAUUAAGUAGGGAACUAGGCCUCUGGGACGGGUUCCUCCCUAAGGUUCACCGGUGGCAUACAUGAAGUAGCUCGUGAACCCACAUGCAAAGAUGGGAAGCCCACGUUUGAAUUGAGACUAAGUGCAAUGUGUAAAAGUUUGCUUUCAUACCCUGAAUACAAAGUUAUAGAGGCAGACGCCCCCUGAUUUUGAUUUUUUUGUUGUUGUUGUUAAUGUUGUUUUGUUUCAGUUUAUUGCAUGUUAUCUGGGCUGUGUACAAACUGCCUCUCUCCUAAAAAAUCGAUUUUUUAGGGAAGGGGGCGUCUGUACACAGGCUACAUGUUAUCGUAUUCUAUGCCCUGAAACAAGCAGUCAAGCCUAAUUUCAACCACCUCUAAUUAAUAAUAGGAAAAUUUGACAAAUAAAAUACGACAAUCGUAAUCAUUGCUCACUCUAUUCACACUUUUGGCGUAACAUAUUUAUUAUCAUCGUCUUUAUGAUGGCGUUAUCGUUAACGUUAUUAUUAACAUUGAGACUGUCACCAGUGGUUAGGUGAUAUUGAUGCUGCAAGUCCCUUUUCUGAGUGUUCCUCCCUUUUCUUCUGUUCAUAAUUUCCAGGAUUUGGAACACUUUGAUCAGAAGGAUCGCUGUCUAAAGUGUUUAUGCAAGUAUCUGUUCCGAUCGUCUCUGAAGCCAAGUGCAAAAAAGCCUAUGGCUCCAGCAUCCACACUUCCAGGGUCUGUGCUGGACUCGAUAGGGGUGGUAAAGACUCCUGUCAGGGAGAUUCUGGAGGACCUAUGGUUUGCGAACACAAUGGCAAGUUCUUCCUUGAAGGCGUGGUUUCGUGGGGUAGCGGUUGUGCUUCCCCUGAGAAAUAUGGCGUCUACGCCAGAGUCCGCUACUUAAAAAAUUGGAUUGAUGGAAAUAUAAGACGAUUUUAAGGAGUAAAAAUAAAAUGAAUGAGAAUAAAAAAUUGUCCGCUUGUCUUUUCAUGCCUCUCAUUAUAUCAAAAAUCAAGGAAAUAAAAAACAACGGUUAUUAUCAACUGCAAACGAAAGAAUACUCCUUUGUAAAGUUUCCGUCACCAUACCCAAACCCCCAACCCAGUCAGUAAUACCUGUAGCAUAUACACUCCCUUGUCCAGCAACUUUUCUUCUUAAAUACUCGUAGUUUUCAAAUUUUUCCUUCUCUUUUUCAUCCAAAUGGGCAUCCCCAGGGACCGGUAUGUAUUUUAUAUAUAUGACAAGGAGUGUCCUUGCUUCUUAUCGAAAAACACUAUGUCAGGCUGACGAUGUUAAAUGACGUGAUCAGUCUGAAUUGUGUGAAAUCCUAUGAUAGCAAUGUCCUUUUUUAUCGAACUCCACAGCCCUCUACGAAAGGUGUUUUAAAUUCUGGCCAUAUUGCUGACAUGGCUGGGGUUGUAUAAUUCUGUUUAUAUGCAAACUACGGAUGAUAUCGGGAAGACAGAGUCGGUUUUCUUCCCACACAAUCUGCACAAAGGCGAGAAAUCCUGCCUGUAUUUAUUCUCGGGGCUUGGACUCAAACCCUCCAUUUCUUUCUUAAGACUUUCUUUCGGCAGCCAAUCAUCACCAUCAUCAUCAUCAUGCAAUCUUCAAUGUAUUUUAAAUUACAGGGUUAUUAAAGAGUUAAUUGGCAUUACCAUGAAACCUAAAUAAGCUCUUUUUUUGUAAUAAUUUGUUUAGAUCCUUGCAUUAACUUUCGUCAGCUAGAUUAACAUAGUCUAAGAGACACGAAAAAUGAAAGAAAAGAUAGAAGGUUUUUUAAAGUGUCUUAUAUUUGUUUGAUAAUCUUGCAUUUAAACCUGCGUUUAGAUAAAUAUGUAUUUAGCUCCACUGCAUAUCGUGCAUAUAUCGCUUUUUAUCGUUGGAUCAGUUUUUGACGGGAUUUAGUAAAAAUACGAGUCCCAGAGGAUAGCUCUAUCUAAUAUGUUGUUAGAGAGAAGAUUGCAACUUUCAGAUUAAAUAGCUUCCCCUGAGCUUGUGCCAAAAGCUACUAGAUGGUUGUAACAGCUUUGUUCAAAGGCAAAUAGCCUAGCUUUUUUCUGCUUAUAACUGAUUUGCUCCCUAACUGUAAUGCAUGAUUGCAUCAGUAAACUGAACGAAACAAUAAGGGAAUACAGAAAGAAGAAUGAUAGAGAAACUAGAGAAGUUCAAUGCUAUUAUAACUUUUCAGUCUGCUGCUAUAGUCAAACUUAUAAGAAACAAUUAUUAAUGGUUGGUCAAUUACAGCGAAUUACCACAGGUAGCCCAAGCUCGAAAUAUGAGCAUCGACGAGCAUCGGCAUUGUUGCGUAACAUUCAAAAUAUAAGGAUUUGUAUGGGAAAAAAACCUAUCGUUUCUGUAACCUACAAAAAUGAAAGGAUUUCAAUAAGAAACAGCUUACCUUGCUUAAACUGUGUGUUACAUCUCUCCUGUGUGGUCCACUAUAUAAAGGGUAAACCUUUAUACAGAGAGAAAACCGUUUACAUAAAAACCCAUAAAACGGCCAUAAAUCGGCCCGUGGACCACACAGGAGGGACGUAACACACAUUUUAAGAAAGGUAAGCUGUUUUUUAUUGAAAUCCUUUCAUUUUCGUAGGUUACAGAAACGAUAGGUUUUUUUCUCAUACAAAUCCAUAUAUUUUGAAUGUUACGCAACAAUGCCGAUGCUCGCAGAUGCUCAUAUUUCGAGCUUGGGCUACCUGUGGAAUUACCCGUAAAAUUCAAAUUCUAGCGUUAUAUGCAAGAUACAGGCUGUUGCUAGGUAGUAGUUGUGAAACCUAAUCCUUAAAGUUGAUCAGGACUUUAUAUUUGUUCGGGUGGGGGCAUAAACUUGCUAAAUCACCACCACUGCGCUUACUUAGAGCGCAAAUAUAUUGUCGCAAUAAAACGAUGAACUUCUUCCGAAGUGAAACAAAUUCUUCACAAUGUUUUAUUUUAAACUGAGAACAAAGGAAGCAGCUUAGCCGUGAAAAUUGCAGACUAAUUUUAAGAAACCCAAAGGGCACACAAUUGAAUUUCAAACCAGUUUUGAAUCAAGGUUUAUUUAAUAUGUUCCUCUGUUUUCCUUUUGAAAGCUAAGUUUAAUUUUAAUAUGCGAUGCAUUGAAUUUGAUAGCAAAUAUAAUUUUGAAAGCGUAAUUUGUUAAGUUUACACAGUCUUGCAGGUGUAAAUUAUCGUUUGAAGAUAGUCUUAGGAGUAAUAGUCAGAACGGGGGAUAAUUUCAAUUCUUCGAAAUCCUGUUUUCAUAUUCGCAUCCUUCGACUGAAAAAUUAUGACUUCAUGUUAGGGCCUGUCUACGAGAAUGACUCCAUUUAGAUAUGAAUUUUGUCUCUUUUUCAUUGUUCAUUUUUACUGUACUAUCCGGACACUUGAAAUAUUGGUUAUGGUUUCUGUAAGAUGUGGGUUGAAAAUAGGUCUUUCUGUGCAAGAUUUAUCCCUUGAUUUUUUUUAUCUACAGACAAAUUUUAACCAGACACCAAGGGCGCUUUCCAAAAGUCAGAACUAGCCGGCCGGACCAUAGCCGGACCAGUCAUUUUGACAAUGAAAAAUGUGCUUUUUUCCAAGAGUUUUUGCUGAAACACCAUCUCCUUCGUGCAUACUAUUAAGGAUUUGACUGAUCUGGCUGGAUAGUUUUGAUUAAAAGUGAAAUUCUCGUUAUGACUGGAAUGGUCAGGCCGGUUAGUUCUGACAAAUGGAAAGCCCCCCUAGACGAAACUUGCCUCGGGAUGGAACUCGCCCCGCGAUAAAAUCGUUCGUAUGAACACAGGCACUAAGAGACAGUAGCAAAAAUAAUAAAUAAGAGUACAUAGCUUAUUUUCCGCCUGUAUCAAAAUCUCCUCUCAAAAAUAAAAACGAAAAUGAUAAUGACAGCUAAAACGUAUGCAUAAGAGCUUUUUUGGUUUUUCAUAAAGAAAGAGGAAGAAAAAAGAAAAUAUUUGAUAGUUUGAUCAUACAAUUUAGCCGUUUUUAGAUGUUUAUUCAGUUUUGUAGAAAUGUCUACGGAAAACAACUGGGUAUUAAACCACUGGGUAUUCACAUAUUCAUAUCAGUAUGAAAGAGACUCUCUGAAUUAUAUUUAGCAUAUAGACAAUAAAAGCCUGUACUAUCUACCAACGCCGUUUUUUGCAUUCUAUAACACCUCUGAGGUAUAAUAAAAUGCUGGUAACGUUAUAACUGUUGGUGAUAAUUUCACUGAGUUAUCCAGUUUAAAUUGCGUGAAAACACAUAAUGUAUGAUUUACCCAGGUUGUGCAAAUAUCCUGGGUAGGUCGUAGAUCUAACAACAAAUAUCACCACUGACAAAUGCAAUCAUAUCCAAAUAAAUGACAGCCCAAAAGCUAUUAUUUAACCAAAUUCUAAGGGCCCAUCUCGAGAAAUUAUUUUCUGACAUAUUGUGAUGACUACGCAAGCCUCUAUUUACUGGAUUUUCCAUCUGUGGUUAUUCAGGUUCGCAAUUUUAAUGGCUCUUGUGCAUAAAAGGCGUGAAAACUCAGAGGCUUGCAAACCGCUUUGUAUAAAGCAUUUUAUCAUGCAGUCAGUACUGGUCGUCUGUGUGUUGAGCCUUGCUGCCUUGGCAAGUCUGACAAAUGGUAAUUACUUUUAUUUUUCACUUUUUCAGUCACUUAAUUUUAAAUUUAACUUUAAGAUUGCUUUUAUACUUAAGUCCUGUAACAGAAAGGAGAAUAUAAUUAGCUUAUUUAGGGUCCCAAAGCCAUUUUAAGGUUAUCACUCGUGCACGAACUAACAUCUCGGGGUUAAGGUACGGGUAACGUACGUAGUAACACGCUUUGUGUCUCGAUUACUCUUAAGCUUGCGAGUAAAGUUGAUUAUAUGAUGUGUAAGUUUUUUGACAACUAAACUUGGAAAAACGUGAUGAAGCGCGCUUGGAGCAUAGCUACAAUGAUGACCGUGAUGCUCUAGAAACGUUUGCUUUCCGGCUCAUGGGACAAUCUGGGCAAAACUAGGUUUUCACAGAACUUUGACGAGGAGGUUUGUAAGAAAAUUGGAAGUUAAAUUGUACGAAUUCAGCAUUUACAUUGCAAUGAUUACCCUAUAUAUAUAGAAAUUUGAAAUGAGGUUGCCAGAAUCGGUGUGAACGAAGUUCAGAACUUCGCGACUAACAGGAGAAAGCAUUUAAGUCUCUUUUCAGGCAACAAAAGUCAUUCUUCUUUCGAAUCUCGUCCGAAGUGACGUAAGUUGUUUAUUACUGUGAUUUUCAAGCGCGGAAACAGUUCGUUCGAAAUCUUUACGGAAGCCACGAAGACUCUGCUAGCCGCCAAGAUUUACUGUGAAUACUGAAUAUCCUAAUUAAACCGUGCAUUUUCUUUUCUAAAUAGUUCACCCUGUCCAAAGUUAUUGUAGUUUUGCUUGCUAUCUUAAUUUUUUAGUCCACGAAUUCCAUUUCCAUCCCCCUUGUUCUUUUUUGAUUGAAAUCCUUCAAAUGAGGAAAUGAGCCGAGUUCGCUUGUUUUUUUGUUUUUGUUUUUUUUUUUUUUUCACAUUUAAAGAGCAUUUGGUUGAUAAUUUAGGUUGUGAAGACAAGAAUGGAAGGUGUCCUUACUGGAAACAACGAGGAUACUGUAAGGGAAAAUAUGAAAAAUACAUGAAGAGUAACUGUCAGAAAAGCUGUGGUUACUGUACUGGCGGUGGAGGCGGUGGAGGCGGUGGCUCGGGACAAUGUGGAAUUAAACCUCGCGCUCGAAUUGUCGGUGGUACCGAGGCCCCUCAAGGAGCUUGGCCGUGGCAAGCACAGAUAAGAACUAAGUCAGGUUUUCCUUUCUGUGGAGGAACUUUAGUUGCACCACAGUGGGUUAUCACAGCUGCUCAUUGCGUACCUAAUAAAUCUCCAUCAGACAUUAGUGUCAGGUGAGAUCAUAUUAAGAAAAGAAAUAUAGCUUAAUUUAUAAUCAAUACAUGAGCAUACACACCAAGUAAUAUGAUCAAAGCAAUUACAAAGGGAAAUCAAUGUUAAGCAGUUAACUCGGAAGCAUGGAAGUUAAUCGUCAUCAGACGAGUUUUAAUCAAGUGGUUGAUCAAUCGACUAAUGCAUCCAUCGUCCCAGUUAUAAACGGUCCGUUUUGUUCUUAGUUGCCAGAGUUUAACUGCGACAACCUCGUGACAUUUUCCCCCUGUGAUUAAAAAUGCCUAUUUGAAGAAUAUAAUUUGAUUUUUAGAAGAAAGUUCUUCAAUUUUCUAGACUUGGUGCUCACUAUCGCACUGAUGACAGCGCUGGAACAGAGCAGGAUUUAGACGUGGAAAGAAUCAUUUCUCAUCCCAGCUACAGGCGACCUUAUGGAUUGGCGCAUGAUAUCGCAUUGAUCAAACUCCGAGGACCUGCUAAAAUUAACAAAGCUGUUAACCUGGCGUGUUUACCAGGAUCAAGCGGUACUGUCUCAGACGGCAAGAUGUGCUGGGUAACAGGUAUAAACCGAUGUGAAUUUCUCUCAGGUUUAACCAUAGAGGGAAAAAGUCAGGCAAUUCUUAAUUCCCCCUAUAUCAUAAUCAAGUCUUGAAUGUCAUAACUUUCAGUUACUUUUUUUGGUAUUUAGCUCUUAAUACUCUUCCUUACACACAUCAUUCAUAUGACGGCCAGAAUAAGCUCGUAAAUGGUCCGAUAGAUGCUGCCAGUCGCACCCUCGUAUGUUGACGUCUAAAUUUACGGCUGAUAUAUCAUUUAAAAUAGGACACGCCCGUUGUUCUAUCGUCCACGACAUAUCCUUCUUUCUUCUUUCUUUUUCUUGGACCUUCAGGAUUUGGAAGACUGUCCUCAGGUGGUUCGUCCCCAGACGUUCUCCAACAGGUUUCUGUGCCCGUGGUCUCCCAAAGUGCCUGUAAAAAUGCUUAUGGCUCAUCCAUUCAUGACUCCAUGGUGUGUGCUGGUCUAAGAAAGGGUGGCAAGGAUUCCUGUCAGGGGGACUCUGGUGGUCCCAUGGUUUGCGAGUCAGGUGGAAAGUACUACCUCGAGGGUGUUGUGUCAUGGGGACAUGGAUGUGCCGCCCCAGGCAAAUAUGGCGUCUACGCCAGAGUUCGUUACCUGAGGAAGUGGAUUGAUGGUACAAUGAGCUGA